AUGGAUAACACGGCAAGAAGUCCAACUAUCAACACUAACACGAUGAAUCCAACACCUCCUGCUGCUACUCCGGCGAGUAGAUUGAAUGGAAAUGAGGUAACAUUUGACCCUCAAUCACAGUCCAAUCCCUAUUUCCUUCACAUCAAUCAAAAUCCGGCUUUAGAGCUGGUUUCUACCCCUCUCGAGGGUCCGAACUACCAUUCGUGGGCUAGGGCAAUGACAAUGGCCCUCUCAUGUAAAAAUAAUGUUACAUUCAUCAAUGGAAGCAUUAUGAAGCCUAAUGCAGACAACCUAGGCAGAUAUCUAGCCUGGGAAAGGUGCAACAAUAUUGUAUCUACUUGGAUUGUGCGCACACUUUCCCCCACCUUUGCUCGUAGCGUGUUGUGGAUUGACACGGCUUAUGGCAUUUGGAAUGACUUGAAAAGGAGAUUUAGCCAGCAAGACUUGUUUCGGAUUGUUGAAAUCAAGUGUGAAAUCUACCAAAUGAAGCAGGGGGACAACUCUUUGAAUGAAUAUUUUACUAGACAAAAGCUGUUAUGGGAUGAGCUGAGCAUUCUUAGGCCUCAAAUGAAUUGUGUUUGUAACAAAAAGUGUGAAUAUAGAAAGAAAAUUGAUGAGUUAAAUGAACAGGCAGAGAAGGAUAGACUGCCUAUCUUUCUCAUUGGUUUACAUGAGAAAUAUACAUGUGCUAGGAAUCAGAUCAUGCUGAUGAGGCCACUUCCAAAUGUUAAUGAGGCCUAUUCUAUGAUUGCUCAACAAGAGAGGCAGUUUCACAUGGCCUACAGUGGCUUUGGGAGUCAGUUAUAUCAGGCAGGGGAGAGUAGUACUGCUGCUAGUGCCCUACUGGCUAGAACAGACACCAACCAUCAUCAGCAAGGGUUCAUGGAAGCAUCAGGGUUCAACAAGAAACCUGUGUGUACAUAUUGUGGGUACAGGUCAUACUCAGGACAAGUGUUAUAA